UCCCGUAUCGACUGCGAACUUGAUGCGUCAUGUCUCGCCUGUGCAUUUCCCAACGACUGUGAAUUAGAUGAAUCCGUAGAAGUGAACUGUACGUCAGUGAAGGAGUGUGGGUCAAACCAGAUAAGCAUUAAACGAGAGGCGCUCUGCCGAUAUUGUUGGCAAUCCGAUCCAACCGAUUAUGAUUGCUUACCGCAGUCGAACUGCUCAACAACAAGUUCGAUGCUUGUACUAACAGAGUGUACGGUUCACCCAAAUGUUGUUUGCAAAGGUCGUCGGGUAUUCAGCAAACGAAUUAGAUGUAACUGGUCUUCUGGAAUCAGCUGGGCCAAAACUAUGUUCUUGUCCAUAACAUUGGGUGGUUUCGGUGCUGACCGAUUCUAUCUGGGUUUGUGGAAAUCAGCAAUAGGUAAGCUAUUCAGCUUUGGAGGCCUCGGUAUCUGGACAGUAGUCGAUGUAGUGCUUAUUGCGACUGGAUAUAUUCGUCCAGCAGAUGGGUCUUUGUAUAUGUAA